GGGGGAGUAGGUAGCCUGACUGCAGCGGACGUGCUCCGGCGUAGGCUAUAUCCCCUUCUCCCGUCUCUCUCUGACGGGAUCCGCAUCACCGCAGUGUGUAGCUGUGUCUGGUUCAUGCUGACCGUUCGAGAACCAGAAAACAAUAUAUUUUGAAUGCGGGCGGCCAAGAAUGGAUCAGGGACUUGGCACGGCGACGGGAGGGAGUUUCAUAUCGUUGAGUGAGAACGAACAAAGAUGUUACUCAGGUCUGUGCACUCUUUGCCAAGCUGACAGCCCGGGGAAACUAGCGGCGAGCAAAGUCGGAGAGCUGUUCAGAGCAUCUCAGCUACCUGCCGAAACCCUGCAUCAAAUCACAGAGCUGUGUGGGGCCAAGCGCCUGGGCUACUUCGGCACGGGGCAGUUCUACGUGGCCCUGAAGCUGUUGGCGGCGGCACAGUCAGGCCUCCCAGUCCGCCUUGAGAGCAUUAAGAGCGAGCUGCCCCUCCCCAGGUUUUCGGGAAUGAAAAGUGACGCAGAGCCCCUGUACUCAAACCACUCGCAGAACAGUGACGUUCAGGGUCACCAGUCUGUGGCGGCGCCUGGGUCUGUCCUGCGAGCAUCGGUGGACAGAGGCAACUUCAGACAUCCAGAGAGCAGCGGGGAGAAGCAGGAGCAUCAGUCUCCCCCGCUCUCGCCCAUCAGCUCUCCCCCUGGUUCCCCAUCCACCUACCGCAGCUACACCCACAGUACACAGAGGAACGGCACUGAAACACUACUGGGGCAGUUACCACGGGGUGCAGGGCGGCCUUUCACCCAGCAGGAGAGCUCCUCCCCUAGUCACUAUGGGUCCAAGCCUUCACUGGAACAGCCCACCAUCGCCCGGACUCACUCCAUCGAGAGGUUGGUGGAUCACAGCGCGGAGGACUACCCUGACAACCCCUGGAGGAUAACAGAGGAACAGCGGGAAUACUACACCAACCAAUUUAAAACCCUGCAGCCAGACCUGGGUGCACUCAUUCUGGGGUCCGUUGCAAAGAACUUCUUCACAAGAUCCAAGCUACCAAUACCAGAACUGUCUCAUAUAUGGGAGCUGAGUGAUGUAGACUGCGAUGGAGCCCUGACCUUCGCCGAGUUCUGCACUGCCUUUCACCUCAUUGUGGCCCGCAAGAAUGGCUAUCCUCUUCCAGAGACCCUCCCCCCAACACUGCUGCCUGCUUUUGUGGAACAGGAUGGAGGUCCUCAGAGGCCUGUGACUGAGGAGACCUUCUUCAGCGUGAGCCAGCAGCAGACAGAGCCAGCAGCCAGAGAGAGGACAGAACCACUUAUCUCCUUUGAAGACACCGCAUUAGUUGCCACCCAGCAGGAAAAUAGUAAAUAUGAAAUACAGGCUCCUCUGUCUGAGAAGACCACCUCAAAGCAAGAAUUGAGAGAAGAGCCCUUAAAGUCAGCAUUCAGUCCAAAAGGAGUGGCAAAAAUUACAGCCAAACCAGCUGAAAAUGAGUACAAUGUAAAAGAAAGGCCAGAUCCCCCGCAUGAGUUGGAUCCUCAGAUGAGAUCAAGAACCAGGCCAAGGUCAUACUCCAGCACCUCUAUCGAUGAUGCCAUGAAGAAGUCAGAGGAGCCACCCACCCCUCCGCCCCGGCCCCAGAAGACACACUCACGCGCAUCCUCCCUGGAUCUCAACAAACUCUUCCAGCAGGGUAGCCAGGGUGUCAAGAGUGGCUGGCUGCCCCCUCCUCCUGCUCUUCCCCCUCGACCACUGGUCACACAGAUCCCACACUUCAUUCCCCCAGUAGAGACAAGCUCCCAGAAUGCUGUGCAGCAGCCCAACUUUGCUGACUUCAGUAGGUUCAGAGAAGAGGAGGAGAACACUGCUAAAGGAGGAGAAACGUCUCAAAUAAGCAAGGCCACUACACACACAGAGGAGGCUGGACCCUCCAAACCAGAGGGGACACUCACCCAACCCCCCCAGAAACCAUUCCGCAGGAAGUACCGCCAGGACAGCCAGAACUUGGAACCAGCCUCGCCCACGUCUGCUCCCUCCACGCAUUCCUCCACCCCAUCGUCUGCCCCUCCUGCUGCUGCGAUCAAGCCCAUCCAAAAGCUACCCUCCAGGCAGAAGAGGGAGAUCCAGAUGGCCAUCCGCAAGAACAAGGAGGCCAACGCAGUGCUGACCCGACUGAACAGCGAGCUCCAGCAGCAGCUCAAGGAAGUCCAUCAGGAGAGGGUCACACUGGAGUCUCAGUUGCAGGUCCUGCGCCCUGUUGCCUACAUCUGACCCCACCCUCCUUAUUCCCCACCAUGUCCUGCGUGCUUCUGAAGCUGAACAGAAUGUCCUCUCAGCUAUUUGCACAUGGUCAACAGAGCUCUAGCAAACAGACCAGGAGGAUAGAUUUCCUCGUGAAUCUUCAUUCCCCAUCUGAGAACAGUGACCCCAGUUUUACUACAGAAAAGGACUUGCUUCAAGAAUGAAGACCAAUUGAAACUCAGGCAAAUCUUCAGCAGGCCCCUGCUUGUGUGAUGCUGGGCUGCAUUUGCCUGAUGUUUAAGGCGCAUGUGCCAAUGUGUUGCAGUGACCUGAAUAAUGUCUGUGUGUAUGUGCGUGUAUGUGUGUGUUUGUGUGCGCUUUGGAGGACAGUGACAUCAAAGAAAAAAACGACACUGAGGAUGAGCCUGGUGAGGUCUACAAGGCAAAGAUCAACCAUGCCACAACUCAUGAAAUAAUGACCAGCAAAACAGUCUAAUCUGAAGCAGGCACAGUAAUCGUGACAGUGGCACCACAACUAUAAUUCUUCCACUGCAUUUUUUUUUUACAUUCUAGAG